AUGGACGGGGAGUAUAUCACAGUGGAGAAUCCACCGGCUUUUGGAGCGGAAAGUGCCGGGAAACUCCGCGCCGCCCAAUCACCUGGCACCAAUCACCUGGCCCUGCUGACCUUCCUGCUGGUCAGCCUGGUGAUCAUCCUCUAUGCCUACUGGGAUGUGAUGGUGCUCACCGCCGGCGCCUUGCCCCUCACCAGGGGCGCCGUCCCCAACGAUUCCAGCGACUCCAACGAAACGCUGGCCGAGCAACUCUACCGGGAGGUGAGAGUCCUCUGCUGGGUGCUCACCACGCCCAAGUACCACAAGACCAGGGCCGUCCACGUCCUGCGCACCUGGGGCAAGCGCUGCAACAAGAUCUACUUCAUGACCUCGGAGCCGGACGAUGAGCUGCCCACCGUUGUGCUGACCAAGCCGGACAAGUACGAGGUGCUCUGGGGCAAGACCAAGGAGGCCUUCACCCACAUUCACGAGCAGAUGCGCGACGAGGCUGAUUGGUUUAUAAAGGCGGAUGACGACACCUACGUCUUUUUGGAAAACCUGCGCUACAUGCUCUACCCGUACUCGCCGGAAACAUCCAUUUACUUCGGGUUCAACUACAAGAUGGUUGGCACCCACCAAAAGAACGAGUCGUACAUGUCCGGAGGCAGUGGCUACGUGCUGAGCCGAGAGGCCCUGCGGAUCUUCGCUGAGGGCCAGAACGACUCCACUAAGUGCCGCCAGGAGGACGAUCACGCUGAGGACGUGGAGAUGGGCAGGUGCCUCUUCAACCUCGGGGUGAAGGCGGGCGACUCCCGCGACGGCCAGUUGCGCAACCGCUUCUACCCGGUCGCCCCCUUCGUGGCGCUUCUUUCGGGCAACAUGGGCCUGGACUUCUGGCUGUACAAGUACGCCUACUACAAUGCGAGAGCGUGUAUGGACUGCCUAUCGGAGUACCCGGUGGCCUUCCACUACGUGAACAACGAGCAGCUGUACGUGUACGAGUACUUCAACUACCAGUUCCAGCUCGCCGGAAGGCAGCAGGUGCCGGAGCGGCUGCCCAAAAGGAUCAGGGAGGAGGACCUGGUCAUCCCCGAGAGCGACAACACGGUGACCUAGGAGAUGGCCCUUUGUCCUCCCCGCCAGCGAAAAUCUCCAGCUUUUUAUCUCUCUUUUUUUGUUUGUAUGCUUAUCGUACAUUUAAUAUAUUAUGGCUAUAAGGCAGACGUGCCAAGGCUGCCAGAUGGUCUCCUGUUGCGACCCUCGUCCUCGCCCGAUCCACGUCCUAGUUUAUCUA